ACGAAAGAUCCUGCCCCUGUAUCUCAUUGGAACUUAGCUGCAUUCUAUUGAAGUGAUUCGAUUCGAUUAGAACCGUACUGUACCACACAGACAAUCCACCAUGUCAACGAAGAAGAAAGCUGAUACUCCCAAGACGCCUAUGGAAGAACUCCUCGGAGCGACUCUGUUGACGAAUGCCAAAGGCGCCAGGACACCCACAAAGACAGCCCUGCAAGAUAAGGAUCUGGUUGCCCUGUACUUUUCGGCCAAAUGGUGUCCUCCGUGCCGCCAAUUCUCUCCCAUUUUGAAAGAAUUCUACAAGUCAUGUGCCGAAAAGUCCAAGCUCGAGAUUGUCUACGUUUCCUCGGAUAAGUCCAUUCCAGAGUUUCAAGAGUAUUAUGGAACCAUGCCGUGGCUGUCUCUGGCAGAAGGAGUCGCCGGUGCUGACACGGCCAACAUUAAAAAUGUUUUGGCCAAACGGAUGCAAAUCAGAGGUAUCCCUACCCUGAUUGUGUUGGAUGUCAAGACCGGGAAAUUUGUCACCAGUGGUGCCCGUGACGAUGUUACCGGGGCGUCGGGGAACGCCGAACAGGGAACGGCCGUCAUUGAACAGUGGAAGGCGACCGAAGCCGUGCCGAUUGAAGAAGCCGAUAUGAGCGCCGGUGGUGGACCCUCUGGAAUCAUGGCAGUGGUUUUCUAUAUUCUCAAGAAUCCAAUCUACAUUUUUGGCUUGCUGUAUUUCUGGAAACAAUUCAUGAAGUACAUCGGCAAAGACGAUGCAGGUGCCAGUGCAAUAGAAGAUGAUACCCCCGCGGCUCCACUGCAACAUGACGACUCGGAGUUUUAAUUAACCAACUCGGAUACAUGACAUUGUAUCGUCAGAGGAGCCUACCAGCCACUAAUUGUACCCCACCAGUUCAAGUGCUUUGCACUUUUGUGGCCAUACUAGCUUGGUACAACCGACUUCAUAAACCUUUUGGAUUUUGUGUUUUGACGACCUAUGGUUCUACUGCCUUGGCAAGUUGUUGCGCCUCCUUUGCAUGAGAUGUUCUGUCUUGAACCUUUCAGUCCAGCUAGUUAUUAUGUACGACGAUAUCGAUACAAAUCGCCCAGCUAGCUUGUCCCAAACAAACUACAUUUAUGCAUAAUAACUAACAUGGCUAGAUAGAGCUUACAGUACUACCGGUACCAGGACAAGAGGGUGGUAGCACAAUGAGGCAACAUCGGGCAUUAGCUAGAAUAUGGCAGACAAGCCAACC